AACUACUUCAACACCAUGUCUUUGGCCAGUGCAGCUGGAGCAUUGCUCCGGCCCCAGACACCCUUACAACAAUUGCUGGAGGAUAUUAAUUUCCAAAGGAACAAAGAAAUGAGACAAUUGCUCAAGGAUGACAGCGGUUUUGUUGUUCUACAAGGUACCACCUAUUGGACGGAUUUAUUUGUACGUCAUUUCCUAUUCCAAUCGGAACCAGUGCACAGUAUCGAUUCAGAUGAUCUAUUAUUUUUCGUACGUAAGAAACAUGUUAAAAGCUCUUCCCGACAUAUGCCAAAAUAUGAGACUGAGGUCGAUGUUUUCCGUAAGGAUUCACGUAAAUUACCCAUCGGUGAUCCCGAUGUCGAUUGGGAAGAAACUGUCUACCUAAAUAUGAUAAUACAUCAAUUUGAUUAUACUUUAACAUUGGCGAUAUGCACCCGAACCUCACCCAAAGAAUUGCAGGUGCUGCGUAGACAUUCUCAGCGGGUAUAUGCCUCACCGAGUCGCCGAAAAAUGGACACCAAAGGGGAGGGUGAAGAAAUCACAUAUCCUCAUAUUUGUUUUAUGGUGGAUAAUUUUGAUGAGGUCUUCAGCGAUAUCUUGGUCAGAGACGGUGAAAUGGUCUGUGUGGAAUUGGUGGCCAAUGAUAAAGAUGGUGCUGUCCAAGGUGUUAUAUUUUUGGGUUCCAUACGUUAUGAUGCUUUGAAAAAAGUUUAUGAUUCAAGGCAAUCCAGUCUAAGUUCCAAAGUAGCCCAACGCAUGUCAUUUGGUUUAUUUAGCAGUGGUGCCGGCGUACAGACACGCUGUGAAUUUGUACGCAUGAAAGGACCCCAGGGCAAGGGCCAUGCAGAAAUGGCUGUAACCAAGCCAAAAGGCUCUGGUGUGGAGACACCAACCAGUGAACCAGGUUUCUGUGCCACCGACAUGUGGGAUGAAUGGGAGGAGGAAAACGAUGACUAUUGCACAUAUCGUCAUCAGCGACGCCUCAGUGAUCCCAGUGCUAAUUUAAAUAAUUUUUCACGCUAUGCAUGGCGCACAAAAACUGCAUCUGAAUCAGCUGCUGGUACAGCUGGUUCUAAGGCGAGAUCGGAAAAUGAAGGCCUGGAUUCGCUGGCCAAUGAAGUAUCUGAAAUUGAGGCUGGCGAUUUAAGAGAUGAACUUGAUGAUGGUGCUUACAAUCCGCUGUGGGCCAGUCGCGGCUUUGCACAAUCCUUUCAUUUUUGGAAGGAAAAUCGACGCCAACAAUCGACUCCGCUAAAUGCAUUCCUUACAUAUGUGACACUGCCCUGGUGGAGUAUUGCCAAAGAUUUGUUGGAUCACCGUGAAACGCCGAUAUUAACCUUUUAGUAUUAAAUCAUUUUUUCAGUUUCUCAUUACAUUAUU